AUGAAAGAAGAAAGCAAUUAUCCUCAAAGUCCAUUUAUUAAACUUUUUGAUAAAAAUAGAACAUUUUAUUAUAAUAUUAUUAAAGAAGGAACAAAUCCACUUUCUAAUCAAUUUUAUUAUACAAAAUACUCUAAACAUCCAAUUUCUAAUAAUUAUAUCGUUAAAACUCAACAUGGUAAAGCAAAACAUCUUACAAAAUGUUCUAUACAAUACAAAAAUAAAAAGCCACAGUUUACUAUUCAGUUUGGAUUAAAUUUUAUAUCAAAAGUUCAAUCUUUUAAAUCUGCAACUGAUGCAGCAUAUCAAUAUUAUAAGAUCUCUGGACCUUUAUUGUUUGGUUUAACAUUACUUAGUGUUAAAAAUAUACGCCAAACUUUAUCACUUGAUUGUAAUCCAAAAAUUCAUCCUUUUAAAGAUCUUAGUAAUUCAACAAAAUGGUGUAAAGUAUUAAAAAUAGUACAUCAAGUUUUAAAUACAGUUAAAGAAGAAAAAAAAAAAAUUUUUUGUUCUAAUGACAAUAUAAAAAUUAAACGAAUUCAGUUUGAAAUCGGAGAUGAACAGUUUGAUAUUAGUUUUGGAAAAUAUGAUCAAAGAAGUGAAAAUGAACGAAAAGAAGCAAUUGUAAAAUUAUUGGAUUGUGGACGAAUAACAAGAGAUGCUUAUCGAUCAUUAGCACGAAUUGAGCAUGAAAUUCCACGUGAGGGUGCUAUAUCUGAUAUAAAGCAAAAAAUAAAUUUAAAAAUGAAAAAGCAAAUUCCACUUUCACUCGUAGAUAUUUUGCAACCAAUAGUUUUUGAGGAAAUUGAAGAUACACUAGAUAUUAUUGAUAAGGAUAUUGUUACAAAUAUGUUAGAAUCAAUUGGAAAAGGAGAACAGCAACGUAUUACAGAUAUUUUAAAUUAUAUCAUACCUUUUUAUAUCAAAAAAAAUAUUUUAAUUCCUAAUGUAUCAACUUUACAUAUUCGGAUUUCCGGAGAUGGAAGGAAUGUUGGACGAAAAGUAAAGCACGUAAUGGUAACUAUGAUAUUGUUAAAUGAUUUAACAGGAUUACAAAAACCAGACAAUCAUCAUACUCUUAUUUUAUAUUCGAGUUCUGAAACCUAUGAAUCUUUAAAAAAUGCACUUGCUCCAUUAAUUUUAGACCUUCAAAUAUUACAAGAAAAGGGUUUUUGGCAACUUAAUGGUAAUCAAUGGCCAGUUAAAUUGUACUUUAGCUCAGAUUGGAAAUUUUUAGCUACAUGUCUUGGAAUGAAAGCUGCUAAUGCUAAACAUUUUUGUCUGUGGUGUGAUUGUACUAAAGCAAAUAUUAGUGAUACGAAUAAGCAAAUUACUAAAUCUAUGGAAAUAGUUAAAAUUAAUUAUUCUAAAAUGAAUGGUCAUUUAAAUGAACCUUUAUUUUAUAUGAUACCUAUUUACAACUGGGUUUGUGACGAGUUACAUAUUUUUUUAAGAAUAACCGAUCGUUUAUGGGAGUUAAUGUUAUCUGAUCUUGGUCGAGAACAAGUUGAGGAAAUGAUUUGGCAAGCAAAAAUUUUAGAUGAAAUGAAACGACUUAAAGUAGUAUUUCAAUUUUGGAAUGAAAAAAGUGGCAACAAUUUAUCAUAUACUUCGCUUAUGGCAAUACAAGUUCAAAAUCUUUGGAGUCAAUUUUAUGAAUUGUACAAUCUAAUGCAAAAUAAAAACACUACAGGAAGAGUAUUUCGUGAAAAGGCACAAAAUUGGUUAACAUCUUUCUUAGCACCAUCUCAAGGUGAACCUAAUAAAAGCAAUUUUAUUCGGGGAAUGUAUCAUAUACAGGAUGUUACACCUUAUAUCCACGUAUUGGUAAAUCAUGUACCUGAGUUUUUAGAUAUUCAUAAUGAUUUUGGACUAGCUGCAUUCUCAUGUUCCGCUAUCGAAAAAAAAAAUCAUUUACAAGUUUGCCGGUAUUUUCAAAAUACAUUAAAAGAUGGAGGUCAUGAAAAUUCACGGCGAUUUGCAAUUUUAGAAAUUUUGGAGCACGAGAAUCGACAACUUUACUUUACUAUUAAUGAAACUCCAAAUUUUUUUAAAAAAUCUAAAAAAUAUAGACUCGAUUCUGAAUAA